AUGCCCAUUCGUUCAAGUAAAAUACGAGUGUGGAUCCCGGGUGAGAAAGAUGAUUACAUCGAGGUGGAGGUUAAAGAACUGAAUGGUGACAAAGCCACUGUGGAGACCAAAGAUGGAAGGGUUGGUAGACUAUUCUUUGCAGUUGAAUACAACAUAAUGAUUUUCAUUUGAGCACUUGUCCUGCAGUUAAUAUCAUAAUACUCUUAUGGCACCCUUGAACACUUGUUGAAACUGACAUAAUUCAGUUCAUAGCUAAAUCCAAAUAACUUUACUUUGUUCUGAAGUGCACUGUUGUCACACUUGUGACAAUAGUUGAUUUUUAUUUUUUAUAGAUUUGCAGAAUCUAUGUGAAAUGUUAUCACCAAAAGUUUAAAAUUCUGUGGCGCAGUAGUGCUUUAAGUCCCUUGAAUUAAGAGAUAUAUCAUCCCCUGCCUACAGUAUGAAUUGACUGCAUACUUACUCCCUUCUCCCUAAGACUUUGGUUGUGAAGGAGGAUGACAUACAGCAGAGGAACCCUCUGAAGUAUAGACAUGAUUGAGGACAUGGUCACGCUGACCACCCUCAAUUAAGCCUCUAUGCUCUUCAUCCUAACGAGGCGCUACAGUAUGUGGAUGAUCUAUGUGAGUCACGGUUCUGUACAUCACACCAUAGAGGAGCUCUAGGGAGGAUAAACGGAGGCCAUUCUGAACCAGAGAGACUCUCCCUGUGUCUCUCCCUCUAUGUGGGCUAUAUUUUUGUGUUUCACUAUAGUUUACCUUCAUUUCACACCCUCUCCUUGUUUAUAUCUCUCACACAACCAAGUUGUCUCUGUCAUUUUAUCACAUCUCUCUCUCUCUCUCUUUGCAGACCUACUCUGGGUUGUUCUGUGUGAUAACCAACCCAUAUAAGUAUCUUCCUGUCUAUUCGUCUGAAGUGAUCGCUGCCAACAAAGGCAAGAGGCGCAAUGAGAUCCCGCCCCAUAUCUACGCCAUCGCUGACAACGCCUGCAUUGGCAUGCUGUCCAGUAAGUCUCAAGCAAUACAACCAAUUCUAUAUAAAGAUAGAAGCUGUGUCAUGUUGGAAUUAAGAAUCCAUGUUCUACAUUUAGAAUAAAUAUGUUCACAGUACACAACGCUUAAAAAUAGUAUGUAUGUAAUAAGUAAGUAAAUGCCCCCCCCCCAAAAAAAUGCUGGUAACUCUGGGACAUAUGUUUUCUCAAUAGAUCGUGAGAAUAAAUCCAUGCUUAUCACGUAAAUCACAACUCUACUGUAUUCUAACUCUUCCACUAAAUAGUCACACACCUGUAUUUGUUUUUAAAUCACAGAUACAUUUUGUUUGACAUUGUUUUCUACAAAUUCUAAUGAAUUCGAAAUAAUUGUUGCAAUUCACAUAAAAGGCAAUUCAUACUCCCUCCAAAAGCAUUUAGAUGGCGCUUAUAAUUGUUUUCAUUGACUUCCCACUAUGCAAAAACUGGUUGAAUUAACAUUGUUUCCAUGUCAUUUCAACCCAAAGAAAUCUACAGUGCCUUGCAAAAGUAUUCAUCCCCCUUGGCGUUUUUCCUAUUUUGUUGCAUUACAACCUGUAAUUUAAAUGGAUUUUUAUUUGGAUUUCAUGUAAUGGAUAUAUACAAAAUAGUCCAAAUUGGUGAAGUGGAAUGAAAAAAAUAACUUGUUAAAAAAAAUAAGAAGAAAUAAGUGGUGCGUGCGUAUGUAUUCACCCCCUUUGCUAUGAAGCCCCUAACUAAGAUCUGGUGCAACCAAUUACCUUCAGAAGUCACAUAAGUAGUUAAAUAAAGUCCACCUGAGUGCAAUCUAAGUGUCACAUGAUCUGUCACAUGCUCUCAGUAUAUAUACACCUGUUCGAAAGGCCCCAGAGUCUGCAACACCACUAAGCAAGGGGCACCACCAAGCAAGCGGCACCAUGAAGACCAAGGGGCUCUCCAAACAGGUCAGGGACAAAGUUGUGGAGAAGUACAGAUCAGGGUUGGGUUAUAAAAAAAUAUCUGAAACUUUGAACAUCCCACGGAGCACCAUUAAAUCCAUUAUAAAAAAACCGAAAGAAUAUGGCACCACAACAAACCUGCCAAGAGAGGGCCACCCACCAAAACUCACGGACCAGGCAAGGAGGGCAUUAAUCAGAGAGGCAACAAAGACACCAAAGAUAACCCUGAAGGAGCUGCAAAGCUCCACAGCGGAGAUUAGAGUAUCUGUCCAUAGGACCACUUUAAGCCGUACACUCCACAGAGCUGGGCUUUAUGGAAGAGUGGCCAGACAAAAGCCAUAGCUUAAAGAAAGAAAUAAGCAAACAUGUUUGGUGUUCACCAAAAGGCAUGUGGGAGACUCCCCAAACACAUGGAAGAAGGUACUCUGGUCAGAUGAGACUAAAAUUGAGCUUUUUGGCCAUCAAGGAAAACGCUAUGUCUGGCGCAAACCCAACACCUCUCAUCACCCCGAGAACACCACCAUGCUGUGGGGAUGUUUUUCAUCGGCAGGGACUGGGAAACUGGUCAGAAUUGAAGGAAUGAUGGAUGGCGCUAAAUACAGGGAAAGUCUUGAGGGAAUCUUCCAGAGAUUUGAGACUGGGACGCAGGUUCACCUUCCAGCAGGACAAUAACCCUAAGCAUACUGCUAAAGCAACACUUGAGUGGUUUAAGGGGAAACAUUUAAAUGUCUUGGAAUGGCCUAGUCAAAGCCCAGACCUCAAUCCAAUUGAGAAUCUGUGGUAUGACUUAAAGAUUGCUGUACACCAGCGGAACCCAUCCAACUUGAAGGAGCUGGAGCAGUUUUGCCUUGAAGAAUGGGAAAAAAUCCCAGUGGCUAGAAGUGCCAAGCUUAUAGAGACAUACCCCAAGAGACUUGCAGCUGUAAUUGCUGCAAAACGUGCACGCUCAAGUUCUGUUUUUUUGUCUUAUUUCUUGUUUGUUUCACAAUAAAAAAUAUUUUGCAUCUUCAAAGUGGUAGGCAUGUUGUGUAAAUCAAAUGAUACAAACCCCCCAAAAAAUUCAUUUUAAUUCCAGGUUGUAAGGCAACAAAAUAGGAAAAAUGCCAAGGGGGGUGAAUACUUUCGCAAGCCACUGUAUGUGAUGACAUUGAAUCAAUGUGAAAAACUGAUUGAAUUUGCAAAAAGUCAUCAACGUAAGAACAUUUAGUAUUUUUUUCACCCAACCUUUGACCAGAAUCCAAUGGCAUGGUGACAUUUUUUUUUUCUUGUUGAAUUCACGUUAGUUGACAACUCAACCAAAUGUAAAUCAAAAGUAGACGUUGAACUGAUGUCUGUGCCCAGUGGGUUCUUAUUUUUUUUUUUUUUGGGGGGGGGGGGGUUUCCCUUUCGAAGACCUCUUGUAUUACAGUAUUUACCGUGCUGUUCAUUUCUGUCUCUCUUGUCAUACUAUGGUACAUACAUUUUUCAUUAUAAUUAUGUAGAUUUUUUUCACAUUCACUUUUGUCCCAGCGGAGAAUCAGGUGCUGGCAAAACAGUCAACACGAAACAUGUUAUUCAGUAUUUUGCCAUUCUGCCAUUGUAGCAGCCCUGGGUGAUGCAGGCAAGAAAGGAGUAAGGCAGCGACCUUCCCAGUUUUGAACAGUCCCCCACCCCUUUUUCAUCUUUCAUUCCUUUUUUAUCUAUUUUUUUGACAGGCUUGUUCUAUUUUGACUUUGAUAACUCCUGGUUGUGUAUAUUUUACCAAUAGGUAGCCUAAAGGUUCCCCCCUGGUUUGCAAACCAAAGAGUUACCGUUGCCAUUUUCAAGUUUCAAGUUUUUAAUGUCACGUGCGCAAGUACCGUGAAAUGCCUCUCUUGCAAGCUCCAAACCCAACAAUGCAGUAAUCAAUAUCAAUGUUGAAUCCCUGAUCCUGCAGCCUUCCUUGUCCCAAAACACGCCCACUUUUUGUGAUACUUUUAUAUUCCCUCCUUUUCCCUCUACUCUACCCAGUUACUCUUUUGAACAUGUAUUUUUAUUUGAACAUCUUGAUACCCGAUUUGGGCUUUUGGCUUUAAUCCUCCUUCCAUUAUUCUAAUUUGGAAGUCCAUUUCUUCCCCUCUGAUACAUUCUCUCUUCACAUGUCAAUCAGUUGUGCUUUCCUUAAAAUCAUGUUGCCAGCCUUACAGCAAUUGGCUUCAAGUCACUCAUCUUGUACUUCCCCAGGGUACCUUAGAUCUUUGCGGCCAACCCAACCAUGGAAGCUUUUGGUAAUGCCAAAACACUGAGGGAUGACAACUCCUGGGGAGUGUCACAUCAUUGACCACUAUAUAGAUUGGCUCAACAUCUCCUCUGAGUAGAAUGGAUAAUGAUUAGUAUUUGUGUUAUGAAUCUCUCUCGCUCUCGCUCUCGCUCUCGCUCUCUAACGGCUUUAUUGGCAUGGGAAAUAUGGGUUGUAUUUACAAUGGUGUUUGUUCUUCACUGGUUGCCAUUUUCUUGUGGCAACAGGUCACAAAACUUGCUGCUGUGAUGGCACACUGUGGUUUUUCACCCAGUAGAUAAGGGAGUUUAUCAAAAUUGGGUUUGUUUUCGAAUUCUUUGUGGAUCUCUAAUCUGAGGGAAAUAUGUGUCUCUAAUAUUUUGUGGGCAGUGUGCACAUAGCCUGUCUUCUCUUGAGAGCCAAGUCUGCCUACGGUGGCCUAUCUCAAUAGCAAGGCUAUGCUCACUGAGUCUGUACAUAGUCAAAGCUUUCCGUAAGUUUGGGUCAGUCACAGUGGUCAGGUAUUCUGCCACUGUGUACUCUCUGUUUAGGGCCAAAUAGCAUUCUAGUUUGCUCUGUUUUUUUGUUAAUUCUUUCCAAUGUGUCAAGAAAUUCUCUUUUUGUUUUCUCAUGAUUUGGUUGGGUCUAAUUGUGGUGUUGUUGUUGUCCUGGGGCUCUGUGGGGUCUGUUUGUGUUGGUGAACCGAGUCCCAGGACCAGCUUACUUAGGGGACACUUCUCCAAGUUCAUCUCUCUGUAGGCGAUGGCUUUGUUAUGGAAGGUUUGGGAAUCGCUUCUUUUUAAGUGGUUGUAGAAUUUAACGGCUCUUUUCUGUAUUUUGAUAAUUAGCGGGUAUCGGCCUAAUUCUGCUCUGCAUGCAUUAUUUGGUGUUUUUCCGUUGUACACUGAGGAUAUUUUUGCAGAAUUCUGCAUGCAGAGUCUCAAUUAGGUGUUUGUCCCAUUUUGUGAAUUCUUUGUUGGUGAGCAGACCCCAGACCUCACAACCAUAAAGGGCAAUGGGUUCUAUAACUGAUUCAAGUAUUUUUAGCCAGAUCCUAAUUGUUAUGUCGAAGUUUAUGUUCCUUUUGAUGGCGUAGAAGGCCCUUCUUGCCUUGUCUCAGAUCGUUCACAGCUUUGUGCUGAUGUUUAGGCCGAGGUAUGUAUAGUUUUUUGUGUGCUCUAGGGCAAUGGUGUCUAGAUGGAAUUUGUAUUUGUGGUCCUGGCAACUGGACCUUUUUUGGAACACCAAAAUCUGUGCAGAAGAUCUAGAUGCUGCUGUAGGCCCUCCUUGGUUGGUGACAGAAGCACCAGAUCAUCAGCAAACAGUAGACAUUUGACUUCAGAUUCUAGUACGGUGAGGCCGGGUGCUGCAGACUGUUCUAGUGCCCUCGCCAAUUCGUUGAUAUAUAUGUUGAAGAGGGUGGGGCUUAAACUGCGUCCCUGUCUCACCCCAUGGCCCUGUGGAAAGAAAUGUGUGUGUUUUUGCCAAUUUUAACCGCACACUUGUUGUAUGUAUACAUGGAUUUUAUAAUGUCAUCUGUUUUUCCCUCAACCCCACUUUCCAUCAAUUUGUAUAGCAGACCCUCAUGCCAAAUUGAGUCAAAAGCUUUUUUGAAAUCAACAAAGCAUGAGAAGAUUUGUCAAUUGUUUGUCAAUUAGGGUGUGCAGGGUGAAUACGUGGUCUGUUGUACGGACAAUUUGACAUUUGCUCAGAACAUUGUUUUCACUGAGGAAAUGAGCUAGUCUGCUGUUAAUGAUAAUACAGAGAUUUUUCCCAAGGUUGCUGUUAUUGGGGUCAAAUUUGUCUCCACUUUUGUGGAUUGGGGUGAUCAGUCCUUUGGUUCAAAUAUUGGGGAAGAUGCCAGAGCUAAGGAUGAUAUUAAAGAGUUUAAGUAUAGCCAAUUGGAAUUUGUGGUCUGUAUAUUUGAGGAUACCAUCAACACCACAGGCCUUUUUGGGUUGGAGGGUUUGUAUUUUGUCCUGUAGUUCAUUCAAUGUAAUUGGAGAAUCUCUCUCUCUCUCUGUGUGUGUCUCUCGCUCUCUGUGUCUCUGUCUCUGUCUCUGUCUCUGUCUCUCUCUCUCUCUCUCUCUCUCCUCCUCUCUCUCUCUCUCUCUCUCUCUCUCUCUCUCUCUCUCUCUCUCUCUCUCUCUCUCUCUCUCUCUCUCUCUCUCUCUCUCUCUCUCUCUCUCUCUCCUCUCUCUCUCUCUCUCUCUCUCUCCUCUCUCUCUCUCUCUCUCUCUCUCUCUCUCUCUCACCCCUCCUCAGUAUGCUAUGGACAGUCUGAGCUUCACUCCUGAGGAGAAGUAUGGUUGCUAUAAAAUAGUGGGGUCCAUCAUGCACUUUGGCAAUAUGAAGUUCAAGAAGGUUCAGAGAGAGGAGCAAGCAGAGGCUGACGGCACUGAAAGUGAGUCAGUCCCACUUCAUGUCUGAUUAAACCGUUCUUCAUCUGUGUAUUGGACAUUGUAGGGGUUAAAAUCUUCAAGGUAGGCCUACACAUUGCCUCUGACCAAACUAUGCAUUUUAUAUUGUAUUUUUCCUGACUGUUUCAGCUCAUUAACCUCUCCUUCCUUCCAACCCCCCUUCUCUCUAGCUCUCCAUGCUCCACUCAAAUUCUACAACUUUGAGCAGCUGUGCAUCACCUUCACCAAUUACAACCACCACAUGUUCAUCCUGGAGCAGGGGGAGUAUAAGAGGGAGGGUACUGAGCGGACCUUCAUCGACCUUGGCCUGGAUCUACAAGCCUGUAUCAGCCAUUCAAAUAAGGAGCUAAAGCAGAAGGACUGGUACAUUUUGGUAUGAGGAAGGGGUUGUAUUUCUGUGUGAUAUACUCUUGUUUGUUUCCUGCAGUCCAUGGGCAUACUGUCCAUCCUGGAGGAAGAAUGCAUGUUUCCAAAGGCCACUGAUGUCAGCUUUAAGACCAAGCUGUAUGAUAACCAUACGGGCAAGUCUCCCAACUUCCUCAAGCCACGGCCUGACAAGAACCGUAAAUACGAGACCCACUUUGAGCUGGUGCACUACGCUGGAGUGGUAAGCGCUCCGGUCUGUUAAUUUUAAACAUUUGCUCUUUAAUUUUAACAGUUAGAACAUGUAGUCUUCAUGACACUUGAUAUUAAUCAAUGUUAAAGGUAUGAUUUCUCACCAUCCCAUUCUCUCCCGUCUCCCGUCUCCAGGUGCCGUACAACAUCAGUGGGUGGCUGGACAAAAACAGAUACCCCCUUAGAUGAGACAAUAGUCACCUGCUUUCAGGAAUCAUCUAAUAAACUAUUAGCAUGCCUUUUUGAGAACUUUAUCAGUAGUGAUGCAGGUAUUGACAGUGACACAACUUUACAUGUUCACAUAUUCUAAAGUGAAACUACACUAAAUGGGGGAAAUUAAAGUCGUGUUUGACUACGGUUGGACUUUUCAGCUGCAUGGUUCAAAAGACAAACGGAGGAGGAAGAAAGGGUCCUUCCAGACCAUCUCACAGCUUCACAGGGUGUGUAAGAGUGAGGUAGAGACAUUACCAUAGUGUGUCUAUGUGUCUGAAUUGGAUUGUUUAGUAGAGAUCAGAAGGGGAGUAUUUAGAGGUGCUCUGUUGUUUUCCUGAGUCACGAUGACCUGCCUGAGUUGAGAGGGAAGUAGUUAAGACUUGCAGUGAUGUUUAGGUAACUCAACUCGUGAACAUCACUUUAAGUCUGUGCUACCUCCACUCUUUCAUGCCUCUGAGGAAGAGGAUGAGGUAAAACACAACUGGGAAAAGAGCACCCUCACUUCCUUAAUGUAAUGGUCCCUCAAAACAGAUGAUGUGGUUUUAGGUGAGGUACAGGAUUAGAUCAAAUGGGAUUUAUCCUGUCAUAUUGUUUUAAUUGCUGGUUGAAUUCUACUUAAAUUAUAUCCGGUUUCUGCUAAUCUGCCCAUUUGCCUGUCUGCAGGCAAAUAUGAACAAACUGAUGGCCAACCUACAGUAUGUAGCACCCAGCCUCACUUUGUGCGUUGUAUUAUCCACAAUGAGUCAGACUCCAGGAAUUGGAUUAUGAUGAUGAGAAACAUAUCUGAAGCUUUAAUACAACUGACCUCACCUUGCUACCAUUGGCUCCAUCUCUGAUGCUAAGGGUCUCAGUGCUGUAAGAUUGACUCUUUCUGUCCUCUUUAUCCCAGGAGGCAUGGACCCAUCCCAGGUCCUCCAGCAGUUGCGGUGUAACGGAGUACAGGAGGGAUCUGUAUCUGCAGGAAGGGCUUCCCCAACCGGAUCCUCUAUGCAGAGUUCAAACAGCGAUGGGCAUAGCACCACUCUCACACAUACAGUAUGCAUGUAGAACUUUAUAAUAAUAAUAUAAUAUAAUAAUAAUAAUAAUAAUAAUAUAAUAUGCCAUUUAGCAGACGCUUUUAUCCAAAGCGACUUACAGUCAUGCGUGCAUACAUUUUUUUUUGUGUAUGGGUGGUCCCGGGGAUCGAACCCACUACCUUGGCGUUACAAGCGCCGUGCUCUACCAGCUGAGCUACAGAGACACAGCACCACUCUCACACAUACAGUAUGCAUGUAGAACUUUAAAAACACAGAGACAAACACGUGUAUCAUCUUAUUAUCAAAAUGGCAAUAAUGUGAAGAAUCAAUUACAGUAUGUGUUCCCUGCUGUGUGUGCUGUCCUGUGCAGGUAUCCUAUCCGGAACCCCAUGGCUAUCCCUGAGCACUCCUUUGUGGACAGCAGGAAGGCUGUGGAGAAGCUGCUGGGAUCCCUGGACAGUACAAGUUUGGAAUCACCAAGGUGA